AUGUCGGGUCCAGGGCGAAUCCCUCAGGCGUUCAUGCUGUGGCUGCCCCGUGUGACCGCACUUCUCAAGAGCCUGGAAGAGAAACUAAGGGACGCGUCAGGUCCUGAGCUGCUGCUGGAUAUUUUGCAGAAGACCGUGAAGCAUCCCCUGUGCGUGAAGCACCCGCCCUCGGGGAAGUACGCCCGGGGCUUCCUCUCGGAGCUCAUCAGGAAGCAUGAGGCUGUCCACGCGGAGCCUUUGGACGAGCUGUACGAGGCGCUGGCGGAGGUCCUGACGGCCGAGGAGUGCCCCCAAUGCCACCGGAGCUACCUGCUGCCUUCUGGGGACUCGGUCACGCUCUCUGAGAGCACAGCCAUCAUUUCCCACGGCACCACGGGCCUGGUCACGUGGAACGCCGCACUCUACCUCGCAGAAUGGGCCAUCGAGAACCCGGCGGCCUUCACUCACAGGACUGUCCUAGAGCUCGGCAGUGGGGCUGGCCUCACGGGCCUGGCCAUUUGCAAGACGUGCCAUCCCAGAGCAUACGUCUUCAGCGACUGUCACAGCCACGUCCUCGAACAGCUCCGAGGGAACAUCCUGCUCAACGGCCUCUCACUGGAGCCAGACGUCACCACCCCUGCACAGCACCCAGGACACAACACCCACGACUCAGAGAGCCCCAGGGUGAUGGUGGCCCGGCUGGACUGGGACCACGUGACGGUCCCUCAGCUUGCUGCCUUCCAGCCUGACGUGGUCAUCGCCGCAGAUGUGCUGUAUAGCCCAGAGACGGUCCUCUCCCUGGUCGGCGUCCUGCAGAGGCUCUCUGCCUGCCAGAAGGGCCAGCGGGCGCCUGAUGCCUACAUUGCCUUCACCGUCCGCAACCCAGAGACGUGCCAGCUGUUCACCGCCGAGCUAGGCCGGGCAGGGAUCCCCUGGGAAACGGCGCCUCAUCACGACCAGAAACUGUUUCCCUAUGAAGAGCAGUCGGAGACGGCGAUUCUGAAGCUGACACUGUAGGUCUACAGACGUUUCCGAAGAUUAAUGUGAAAAGUAAAUCACUAUCCUGGAAAGAAUUUUUAUGUGGGAAAGCUGAUA